AGUAGCUCUCUCUCUCUCUAGACAAAUCUCUCUAUAGACAAAUCUCUCUCUCUCUCUCUUGCUCAUAUUGUAGUUGUCGCUCGUGAUCGAAAGAAAGCAUGAUUCGUGAUUCUGAAACAUUCUGAUUCUUUAUUACACGUUUCGAUUCCCAAUCUCUCUCUAGGCGCGGCGGCCGUCAUGAGUUUCCAGCGGCGGCGCUACCCUUACUACAACCGUCUCCGCCGCCUCCUCCCUCUCGUCUUCGCCGUCUCCUUAUCUCUCCUCGUCCUCUUCGCCUUCCUCUCCUUCCUCGCUCCCCAUCCUGGAGAUUCCGAUCGCCUCCCACCUCGCGUUCGCCACACAUCUCAGAUCAACAUCGGAGGUGGCAGUGAUUCGAUCAAAUCAGCAGCUUUCCGAGUUCCGAGAGAUGGAGGCAGACCAGAUCGUGAUGUCUGGCGUUCCCGAAACGCUGAGUUCUUCUACGGUUGCAGCAAUGCUAGCACCAAGUUCCCAAAUGCGAAAGCAGUUACGAGAAAUGAUCGAUACUUGGCAAUCGCCACCAGUGGUGGCUUGAACCAGCAACGAACUGGAAUUGUAGAUGCAGUUGUUGCGGCAAGGAUUCUAAACGCUACUCUUGUUGUUCCCAAGUUAGACCAGAAGUCUUACUGGAAGGAUGCCAGUGACUUCUCGCAUAUCUUUGAUGUUGAUUGGUUUGUGUCGUUUCUGUCUGAAGACGUUAGAAUUAUAAAGCAGCUUCCGCAGAAAGGAGGGAGACCAUGGAGUCCAAGUAGAAUGCGUGUCCCACGGAAAUGUAACGAGAGAUGCUAUAUUAAUCGGGUUUUACCUGUUCUUCACAAAAGGCAUGCAGUUCAACUGAACAAGUUUGAUUAUAGACUUUCAAACAAGUUGAGCGAUGAGUUGCAAAAGCUAAGAUGUAGAGUAAAUUACCAUGCUCUGAAGUUCACUGAUCCGAUACUUAAAAUGGGAAAUGAAUUGGUCCGGCGCAUGCGACUGAGGAGCAAACACUUCAUCGCUUUACAUCUAAGGUUUGAGCCUGACAUGCUUGCGUUCUCUGGAUGCUAUUACGGUGGUGGUGAUAAAGAAAGGAGAGAACUUGCAGCAAUCAGAAGAAGAUGGAAAACAUUACAUAUUAACAACCCAGAGAAACAAAGGCGACAAGGAAGGUGUCCACUCACUCCAGAAGAAGUCGGACUGAUGCUCAGAGCGUUGGGAUACGGCAGUGAUGUUUAUAUAUACGUCGCGUCUGGUGAAGUAUACGGAGGAGAAGAGUCUUUGGCUCCUUUAAAAGCACUCUUUCCACACUUCUAUUCGAAAGACACUAUCGCUACGAAGGAAGAGCUAGAGCCUUUUGCUUCAUACUCUUCGAGAAUGGCUGCGCUAGACUUCCUUGUGUGUGAUGAAAGCGACGUUUUUGUAACCAACAACAAUGGCAAUAUGGCUAAAAUAUUGGCUGGGAGGAGGAGAUACUUUGGACAUAAGCCCACGGUUAGGCCAAAUGCAAAGAAGCUUUACAGGUUGUUCCUGAACAAAGAGAACACGACAUGGGAGGAGUUUACCUCUAGAGUCCGUUCGUUCCAGAGAGGGUUCAUGGGAGAGCCAAAGGAAGUAAGAGCUGGUAGAGGUGAGUUUCACGAGAACCCUUCCACGUGCAUAUGCGAAGACACAGAGGCUAAGGCAAAGGCGCAAAUAGAAUCUAGAAAGCUUGGAAAGAAAAACAAAUCUACAAAUAAAGACGCAGCAGCAGCAGUGACAGUACCUAACGAUGUUCAAAGUGAAGAGGAUGAGCCGGAUUGGUCAGAGCCAGACUAUGAGGAAGAGCAAAGUGAUCUUCAAGACAGAGGAUUGUACAAUGGGACGAGUUUGGACUACGAUGAUCCAUCAUCUACCUCUGAUGAGCCAGAGCUUGAAGAAAUGCUAUCAGACUAGUUACAUCACAUCAUUACAACUGAAUCUCUCAUCUGCUUGGACACUUCAGAGUGAAUUUUUCCAACCUUGGGGUUAAAGCCUUUGUUGUAAGCAUUUCGUAUUGAAUGUCUCGUGUACAUAGAACCGCCAUAGAGCGUCCUUUGUUUCUCUAGGAAAGAGCCAUUUUUGUUUUCAAUCA